CCCUCCCUCCCUCCCUCCCGUCCCUCCCUCCCCGGGCCACCGCCGCCUCCUCCUCCUCCUCCACCACCACCACCACCUCCUCCUCCUCCUCCCUUUCUCUCUCGAUCUGUCUUUCCCCGCCCGGAAUCCAUUCCGGCCUGAGAGCCGGAGCGGCCUGGCCGCUGUCUGCUCGACCCCCUGGCUGUCCCGUGGUCCGCCCUCCUGUGCGCCUGUCUGUUGGUGCGCCCGCUUGCCCGCCGGCCCAGAACUCGGGCUCAGAGAAGGAAGUGACUGCCCCACUAUGAGAGAGCGAGCCAGGAUCUGAAACCAGAUGAGGACGCUGAGGCCCAGAGAGCGGAAGUGACUUGCCUUGGGUCACGCAGUGGGAAGAGGUGGAACAGGGCCUCUGUCCAGUCCACGGCCCCUGACUCCGCACCUGGUGUUUGUUGAGACCUCAGGCUGCCUCCCAGGUCCUUCUGGGACAGCCCCUGCCUUCCACCAGCCAGGACCAUGGGCAGCAACAAGAGCAAGCCCAAGGAUGCCAGCCAGCGGCGCCGAAGCCUGGAGCCUGCUGAGAACACCCAUGGUGGCGGCAGCGGGGGUGCCUUCCCCACCUCCCAGACGCCCAGCAAGCCGGCCUCCGCCGACGGCCACCGAGGCCCCAACACGGCGUUCUCCCCUGCGGCCGCUGAGCCCAAGCUGUUCGGCGGCUUCAACUCCUCAGACACAGUCACCUCCCCGCAGAGGGCGGGGCCCCUGGCUGGUGGAGUGACCACCUUUGUGGCCCUCUAUGACUAUGAGUCCCGCACGGAGACCGACCUGUCCUUCAAGAAAGGGGAGAGGCUGCAGAUCGUCAACAACACAGAGGGAGACUGGUGGCUGGCCCACUCACUCAGCACGGGACAGACUGGCUACAUCCCCAGCAACUACGUGGCGCCCUCCGACUCCAUCCAGGCUGAGGAGUGGUACUUUGGCAAAAUCACGAGACGGGAGUCAGAACGGUUACUGCUCAAUGCAGAGAACCCGAGGGGUACCUUCCUGGUGCGAGAAAGCGAGACCACGAAAGGUGCCUACUGCCUCUCAGUGUCCGACUUCGACAACGCCAAGGGCCUCAAUGUGAAGCACUAUAAGAUCCGCAAGCUGGACAGCGGCGGCUUCUACAUCACCUCUCGCACCCAGUUCAACAGCCUGCAGCAGCUCGUAGCCUACUACUCCAAGCAUGCUGACGGCCUGUGUCACCGACUCACCACUGUGUGCCCCACAUCCAAGCCGCAGACUCAGGGCCUGGCCAAGGACGCCUGGGAGAUCCCCCGGGAGUCGCUGCGGCUGGAGGUCAAGCUGGGCCAGGGCUGCUUCGGAGAGGUGUGGAUGGGAACCUGGAAUGGCACCACCAGAGUGGCCAUCAAAACCCUGAAGCCGGGCACGAUGUCUCCAGAGGCCUUCCUGCAGGAGGCCCAGGUCAUGAAGAAACUGAGGCACGAGAAGCUGGUGCAGCUGUACGCGGUGGUGUCUGAGGAGCCCAUCUACAUCGUCACGGAGUACAUGAGCAAGGGGAGUUUGCUGGACUUUCUCAAGGGGGAGACAGGCAAGUACCUGCGGCUGCCUCAACUGGUGGACAUGGCAGCUCAGAUCGCCUCAGGCAUGGCGUAUGUGGAGCGGAUGAAUUACGUCCACCGGGACCUGCGUGCGGCCAACAUCCUGGUGGGAGAGAACCUCGUGUGCAAAGUGGCCGACUUCGGCCUGGCUCGGCUCAUCGAGGACAACGAGUACACGGCCCGGCAAGGCGCCAAAUUCCCCAUCAAGUGGACAGCUCCAGAAGCCGCACUCUACGGCCGGUUCACCAUCAAGUCAGACGUGUGGUCUUUCGGGAUCCUGCUGACGGAGCUCACCACAAAGGGGCGGGUGCCCUACCCCGGGAUGGUAAACCGUGAGGUGCUGGACCAGGUGGAGCGGGGCUACCGGAUGCCCUGUCCCCCCGAGUGUCCCGAGUCCCUGCACGACCUCAUGUGCCAGUGCUGGCGGAAGGAGCCGGAGGAGCGACCCACCUUCGAAUACCUGCAGGCCUUCCUGGAGGACUAUUUCACGUCCACGGAGCCCCAGUACCAGCCUGGAGAGAACCUAUAGGGAGCAGGCUGCAGGGCCAGACUGGCUUCUUGGCUUGGAUCUGGGGCUGGGUGGCCCCCAGGACGGGGCGCCGCUUCCCUCUGCCUGUCUGCUGUUGAUCCUCUCCACGGGGCUGAGUCGCCAGUGGUGAGGCCUCUCCCUCUUCUGUGGCACGGAAGGGCUCGGGGCCUGGGGCAGCCCUGAGGGCGCGGCCACCGUGUCCUGGCUCCUGCUCCAGCCACACGCCUCCUCCUUGGGCCCCUCCCGGAGCUCUGCGCAUCCCGGCAGGAGGACCCAGGAAGAAGGGCUGGAGCCGAGGGCUCCCUUUUCCCAGCCUCCACCUACUCUACACAUUGGCUCCUUCCCGCUUCCGUGCCACCCUGCUCUGUCUCCAGAGCUGGCUGGAGAGCCUUUCCAAAGAAAAGCGAUAGGCCCUUGGCUGCCAGCCUGCCCGAUACCCUGCCCCUGGCCACCCAUUUCUGAAUCACUUGUUGGUGGAGGCCGCUGGGGCCAGACCCCUCUGCCAUGGCUCCCAGGCAGGGCAGGCCGAGGCCUAGACUGAAGCGAUGGUGGGUGGGCUGGGCACCCCCUCAAACCCUGCCCUUCUUAGGUCCAGGGGACCCUUGGGGAUAAUCAAUUCCAUGUCCCCUGUGACUCAUGGGGAAACGGAGUCUGAAGAAAGGUGACUUUUCCAACGCCACAGAGCAGUUCAGGGUAGAGGUGGGAUCAGAACCCGGUGCUCCCUCUGUCUUCCUCAGGAACCAACAAAAUUGUCCUCAGCGGCAUCAUGGACAGACUGUGGCUGCCCAAGGGACAAGGGGCCAGAGGAUAGGUUAGAGACAGCAGAGAUCCUGCUGCCAUUUCCCGUGCAGUGGGGCUGCUUUGGGGGGGAGAGAGUGGAGGUAUCGGUGGGGCUGAGCUAGGAAUGAGGGGUGAAGGUGCAGGUGUAAGAGGCAGACUUCAAUCAGAAUGUGGGUGGAUUUUGACCUUUAGGUCUAGCCAGCCAUGAAAGGGGAUGAGUCCCCAGGUUCUGGAGGCAAUCAAGCAAAAUAGAAGAUCUAAGUGGUUGGGAAGCUCUGGCCCUGGCCAUAGGAGGGAACCCGAGGUCAUCCACCCAGUUUGUCCUAUGUCAUUUCAAUGCCUGGCCCCUGCCCUCAUCCCCAAGUGUCACCCCUUAACCCAGGAGCAGGGAAAGGAGUGCGUGGGCUGGGGUGAGCGGAGAGGAGGGUGUCCACCGCCACGCACCAGGACUGGCUGUGUGACCUCGGGUGGACUUCGCUUCUUCUCCUGGCUGCAGCGUCUGCCUCCAUAGGUGGCCGUGGCCACCUUGCACCUGGUCCACUCCUGUCCAGACCCUGUGGCCUCGCAUCACACAGUGAGCACAGCCCGGGGCGCAAGAGACCGUGUGUGGGCCCUAGCUCUGCUGUUCAGGGUGUGUGGUGGCUGCUCCCUGGGCCUCAGUGUGCUCCCCUCCAAGGGGGUGGCCGACAGUUGGUGGGCAGCUGGCCAAGGGCCUCCGUGUGUAUGUGUGUGUGCACGUGUGUGUUCCCCCAUGUGUGUCCAUAUUUAACAUGUAAAAAUGCCCCUUCCUCCGCCCCUCCCACACAUCCAACACUCCCCCCGCAGCCCCCCUCACAGCAAUAACAUUCCCACUGCCAGGGAUUCUGGAGCCGGCCGGGCCCUGCCCGCAGGGACGGAGGCCAAGCGGUGCCUGCCCGUGGAAUUUCAACUCCCCUCUCAUCCUUGUCUGUGACCCCGUCCCCUCCUGUCUGUCCCAGUGACGUCCGGGCUCGCGGGCCACGGCGAGCUCUCACAUCCCCUCCCAACUGCCCAAGGCCCUUUGUAGAAGGUGUCCUGAUACUGUCCUUUUUUACAAACAAACAAACAAACAAACAAACAAAUAGUGUUUUGUAGAUUUCAGAUGACUAUGCAGAGGUUGGGGGCGGGCCCAGCUCUGGGCAGGGCCUGGGGGUCCCACAUUCCAUGGCCCAGGCUUGGGUGGGGAGGGGGGAGAGCCAGAAUUGGUUGUAAAUACUUUGCAUAUUGUCUGAUUAAACACAAACAGACCUCAGA